CUCGCUUGCAAUUCUAGCUGCCGCAUCCACGGAUUUCGGCGCGUGUACCGUUGCAAAGGACUGCGUUUGCACCGAACUCGUCGCCGCGGCCGCAGCUUGCACCGCCGCGCCGCCGCUCGCAAGUUAGCCCGUCCUCCUCAGACAAUUACUCCAAAUUUGCUGCCGCGCCGCUGAAAACAGAACGCAAAGAUGAACGAGGGCAUCAUCAACGAGGAGGCGAGCGUCGAGAAGGGCGAGAACGCGCGCAUGGCGAGCUUCGUGGGGGCCAUCGCGAUCGCCGACCUCGUCAAGUCCACGUUGGGGCCCAAGGGCAUGGACAAGAUUCUGCAGAGCGUGUCGUCGAAGGAGGGCAAGAUCGAGGUCACGAACGACGGAGCUACUAUAUUGAGAUCGGUCCACAUCGACAACGCCGCCGCGAAGGUGCUGGUCGACAUCGCGAAAACGCAGGACGAGGAGGUCGGCGACGGGACGACAUCCGUCGCCGUGCUCUGUGGCGAGUUACUGAGAGAGGCCGAGAAGCUCAUCGAUGCGAGAGUCCACCCGCAGACGAUCGCUGCGGGGUGGCGCUUGGCCGCCAAGCUCGCCAAAGCUGAGCUAGAAAAAGCCGCGACCCGCGAGACCAACGAAGAAAAGUUCCGCGAGCGGCUGAUGGAGAUCGCGCGCACGACAUUAUCCUCGAAACUAGUCUUGUACGAGAAGGAGCACUUUGCGAAGCUCGCCGUCGAUGCCAGUGCGGAAAUCAAAGUUCAAGCGCCCUUCAAUUCGGGGUCUCUCGGGGUGUGCGUGAGGUGUGGCUCGCUCUACGCCGUCGAGGGUAUCCCUCGGAGGUCGUGUCCGAGUUUGGGCCGAAACCAGGGCCGCGGUGCCGAGAAACCUGACUCACUGGUUGAUUUCCACACAGGUCGAUGCCGUGCUGCGCCUGAAGGGUAGCGACAACCUCGACUACAUCCAGCUCCUCAAGAAGCCGGGCGGGCAGCUCGGCGACUCGUACCUGGCCGAAGGGUUUGUUUUAGAUAAAAAGAUUGGGAUAGGGCAACCCAAGAGAUUAGAAAAAGCCAAGGUCAUGGUCGCGAACACGGCCAUGGACACGGACAAGAUCAAGAUUUAUGGUGCUAGAGUGAAGGUCGACUCGCUGUCGAAGGUCGCGGCUAUAGAACAAGCUGAAAAAGAUAAGAUGGCCGCCAAGUGCGCCAAGAUCUGCGACCACGGCAUCAACUGCUUCAUCAACCGCCAGUUGAUUUACAACUACCCCGAAGAGAUCUUCGCCAAGCGAGGCGUCAUGGCCAUCGAGCACGCGGACUUCGAGGGCACGGAGCGCUUGGCUGCCGUUCUUGGUGCUGAAAUUACCUCAACUUUCGAUAGACCUGAUUUAGCGAAACUAGGAACGUGCGAUUUGAUCGACGAGAUCAUGAUCGGGGAGGACAAAUUAAUCAGAUUCUCGGGCUGCGCGUCGGGCGAGGCGUGUACCGUUGUGUUGAGGGGUGCAUCCACACAUGUUUUAGAUGAGGCCGAGAGAUCUCUACAUGACGCUCUCUGUGUCCUGUCAAGAACGGUGCGGGAGACGCGCACGAUCCCGGGCGGCGGGUGCUGCGAGACGCGCAUGGCAAGAGCCAUUGAUUCUGAAGUGCCGAACACGCCGGGCAAGAAGGCUCUCGCCAUGGAGGGCUUCGCUAGGGCUCUUAGAGCAUUACCAGCGAUCAUCGCGGACAACGGUGGCUUCGACGCGAGUGAAUUAGUUACAAGACUACGGGCGGCGCAUGCUAGAGGCCAGGACACGGCGGGCCUGGACAUGGUCAAGGGCGACGUGGCGGACAUGACGGAGCUGGGCAUCCGCGAGUCGUUCAAGUCCAAGCUCCACGUGCUGGUCUCGGCCGCGGAGGCGGCGGAGAUGAUUCUGAGAGUGGACGACAUCGUGCGCUGCGCGCCGCGGAAGCGCGAGGGGCAGUAGUAGGCGCGCGCUCUCCCCCCGUUUUUAUAACUAGCUUUUCGUCG